AUGACUGACAUCAUGUUUAAAAAAAAAUCUGUCUUAAUUAUGGAAAAUUCCUCUGAUGUAACAUCCAUCGUGUUGACUGCCUACUAUGGAAUGGAAAAAUUGAAGCAUGCAUACUUUUGCAUUUUUCUUAUUAUCUACAUCAUCAUUAUUACGGAAAACCUCAUUCUAAUUUCUGUGAUCGGUGUUGAGAAAAUGUUACACGAGCCAAUGUAUUUUUUUAUCGGCAACUUAGCAGCAAAUGGUGUCUAUGGAAGUACUGUUCUUUUGCCAGCCCUUUUGAGUAAUUUAUUAUCAACCAAAUAUGAGGUCUUACUAGCCUGUUGUCAAACCCAGAUAUAUGGUAUACAUACGUAUGGUAUGAUUGAAUUUACAGUUCUUGCUGUGAUGAGCUAUGAUAGAUAUGCUGCUAUCUGUCACCCAUUGCACUACCACACAAUCAUGUCACUAAGCAAAGUGUAUAAGCUUAUUGUGUUCACUUGGGUUUAUCCCUUGAUUGCAAUUCUGAUUUUUUUUAUUGUAACUCUUCAACUACGAUUUUGUCAACAGGCCAUUGACAAGUUGUACUGCACCAAUGACUCACUAGUGAAGCUAUCCUGCUCAAAUACAGCGGUUUUUAGCUAUGUAGGUUUAGCAUCUUUUAUUCCAUAUGCUUUUCCACAGUUAAUCAUGGUCCUUUUCUCGUAUGCACAGAUUUUCAGACUAUGUUUGUCUUCCAGGGAGAUGAAGACCAAAGCCAUCACAACUUGCAUUCCACACCUGUUUGCUUUCUCAAUGUAUUCUAUAGGGUGCUUGUUUGAAUUACUGCAAAGCAGAUUGGACCUACGUCAUCUGCCUUACGAAACUCGACUGUUCAUGUCCCUUUUCUUUCUGAUAUUUCCCCCUUUUUUCAAUCCACUCAUUUAUGGUUUGAGUAUUCGAUCCUUACGCCUGUCAGUGUUCAAAUGUAUUAAAGGUCAUAGAAAAACUCUGCCAACACAGUAG